ACAGCAUCUUAUGCGAUUUCGAACACAGCCAAGACACAUAUUCGCCGCGCUGUGUAUUCUGGGAACACACAGCAGUUUCAAGAUGGCGGCGAGCAGGAGGCUGGCCAAGGAACUUGAUGAGAUUCGCAGGUCUGGAAUGAAAAACUUCAGAAACAUUCAAGUCGAGGAAUCAAACCUGUUGUCAUGGCAAGGGCUCAUCGUUCCCGACAACCCUCCUUAUGACAAAGGCGCGUUCAGGAUCGAAAUCAUUUUCCCUACCGAGUACCCCUUCAAGCCUCCCAAGAUCACAUUCAAGACAAAGAUCUAUCACCCCAACAUCGACGAGAAGGGCCAGGUGUGCUUGCCUGUGAUCAGUGCAGAGAACUGGAAGCCUGCCACCAAAACUGACCAAGUAAUUCAGUCCCUCAUCGCGCUGGUGAACGAUCCCCAGCCGGAGCAUCCCCUCAGGGCAGACCUAGCAGAAGAAUACUCAAAGGACCGUAAAAAAUUCUUGAAGAACGCCGAAGAGUUUACAAAGAAAUACGGCGAAAAGCGGCCAAUGGACUGAUCACCUGACGAGCGUGUAGCCCUCUCUCUGUCUCUUUCCCCCCCCUUCCCAUCCUCCUAUCUCACCUGCCCGACCAAAAUACCGAUCUUCCUCUCGCCUCCCCACCCCCUCUCUCCCUCAGCACCUCCCCCAUCCAAUCCUCCUCACCCCCCACCACACCGGUCCUCCCUGCAGUCCCGGAUGCCGCCCAGCUGAAGCAGGGGGCAACGGCAGCCUCCGCCUCCCUCCCCAUCCAGGACUCUCUGUGGAUCAGACAGCUUCCUCCCCCUCCUCUUGACUACCACUCCUCCUCUUCCUUCCCCCCCCUUCUCGGCCAUAAAUGUCCAGACCAUUUCUAACUUUCUACUCUUUUCUUAAUGUGAAAAAAUGGAGAAAGAAAUGCUAAGGGAGGUAGAUGGGGAAAUACUAAGUAAAGUGUAAUAUUCUUUUUGUCUUUUUCCUCUAUAUAAACAACUUUGUGUUGAAUAGAUCUCACUUAGACAUGACUUUUCUUAAGUAUUUUAAUUUUUCGCAGAGCAGGAAAACCGAUUAUAACAAAUGUUUUUUUCUUCUGCCCUACCAUCAAUAAUCUUUUAAGCUAAAAAACAAAAAAGCCAAGCGCGACAGAAGAGAAGCUGUAGGUAGGACCGCCGCUUUUAGACGUCGCACUGUGCUCCACGGGACAAUCCUCCCACCCCCAAGACACACUGAGCAUAAACUAAACAAUGGCAGCCUGUACCGUAAUUUAAUUGUUAUUGCUGAAAAAGCGACAGAAAAUUCUUUAGUGUUGAAGAGAGAAAAUAAAAACAAUUGGUUUCCAAACACUCCAGACAUGUUAUCAUGAGCAGGCCCUUAAAGACGACGGCUAUUGUGAUAUUGUUUUUUUCGUAUACUUAAUAAUAAUUUUGCUUUCUCCACUUUGAUUGGCACUUCAUAAAAAUGGUAACAUGGGAAGAAUCCCUUUGCUUAAUUUUAAUCUUCAACGCAUGUCUCCCACUAUCGGGCACCCAAAUAUAUCCAACAUCACAUUAGAUACAGAGCCCUUCACAACACUGAGACAUACUCCAGCGGCAGAUGGACUGUCAGCUGCCCGGCUGAAAGGGACCGACCUAACUUGUCGGGAGGAGGAAGAAGAGGAGAAUUAGAAGGGGGAAGGAGAAGCUGGAGAAGGAUGCACUCAGCUGGAAUGAAGCUCAGCUCCUGGAGGCGGUCCUAAAAAACAAGCACCUUGAAGGCAGCUGGGAGAGGGCUGGCUGUCCAGGGGGGAUGUGUCAGGACACGGAAAAAGGGACUGCAGUGGCCAAAAAAAAAGAAACACCAUGUAACAGCUGUUUGAUCUGGUCCCAAUAUUGUUUCAUAAUAAAGAUGGCUAACCAUUUGGCCUCACUGUC